AUGGAGGCCGACGCUGCUGCUACAGCAGGCGAUGACAAUGAAGCGGCCGAGUUGUUCAACCGGCAAGUAGAUCAGCAAAAAUUAGCGGCGAUGGCAGCUCGAGUAGCCCAAUUACAAGAUGAAGAUGCCGAGCUACGUGCAAGGCAUGAUAAACGCGAACAGGAGACACACGAGUUCGUGGCCUACUUCCAGAAGGAGAUCCAGACGCGAGACAAGCAACUCACGAAAUUGAGCGAAGAACUCGCAGCAGCGCGUUUGAGUCACGCACUCGCACUGGAACAGAUGCAACAAGCUCGCGAUACUGAACGUCAGCAUCUCAUCCAGCAGGCUACAGCAAAGGAAGAGGCUGCAUCGGAGCAGAUUUUCUAUCUGCGUGAAGAGCUACACCAGCUAGAGCUCUUCCGAGAAAUGAAAGAUAGUAUCGCCGCAAAGAUGAAGGAUCUUGAAACGCAGUUGACAUUGGAGAGAGAACAAGCACGCGAUACAACCAGCGCGCUUGAACGGAAGUUUCUAGAGGAGAAGGCUCGACUACAGAAAGAACAUGAGAAAAAGAUUGAGAUCGUCAAGCAGCAGGCCAAGGAGGACGCACGCAAUGGGCUGGACGCUGACACGCGGAAAAUCGUGACGGAUAACAAGCGUAUGGGCGAGGAACUGCGCUUCCAGUUGCAAAUGACCGAAGAGUUGCAGCGUGAGAAGCAGCAGUUCGAAACUCGAGCAAAGACGUUGAAUGUGGAGCUGCAACUCCAAGUCCAAAAGGAGGCGGAGUUUGCCAAACAAGCUCAAAGACAGGCAAGAGAGCUCACCCAGUUACGUUCUAGUCUGCGAGAAGCUGAACAGAAACUUGGUGUAGGUUUGGCUGCAGCGUCGUGGGAUGCUCAUGCCCAUGCUGCUCGUCACGAACGGGAGCGCGAGGAGUUGACGCUGGAUGUGGAAGGAUUGCGGAAAUUGUUGCGCCUCAAAAAUCGCGAGCUACGGAACUUGAGACGACUAGCGCAAACCAUUUUAACCCAGCGAACGGAUGUUGAACAAUUUAUUUUGGACUCCCUCGAGCACGUCAAACGCGAGAUUGAAAAGGAACGCAAAGAGAAACACGAACGGGAGACUGAAAAUUACUAUCGAGAGGUGAAUUGCGCACAUGGAAUUAAACCCAGCUUGAGAUUCCCGAAGUUAACAUCCCCAACCAGUCGCCAAAGCUCGGUACCACCCGGACCGCCGCAACACUUCACUGAAAAAGUAGAUCUACGCCAGCUCGGCUGGGAAGACCGGGAACGAGUCCUUCGUCUUGUAUUUGCCAAGAUUAAUCAUUCCAACAGCUUUAUCGAUAUGCAGGGGGAACUUCCCAAAGAGACUACAGAGCCACCGCCCAAACACUCGCGCAGCCCAAACCAAAGGGAAAAACAACGAUCCACUGCGGUUUAUUUCGCGACGGAACCGCACAGUGGACAUAGCGGACGAGCUACAGCAGAUAGCAACUCAAUGGGCGAAGAGUCAUUGAGCAUGUCACUGAGUGGAAUGCCUCUCGUACCGCGAGUACCAACUCGUACAAGCAUAAGUAAAGGUAGAUAG